CCCCUCCCUCUCUUCUACAGAAGUGUCUGUUCCCUCUCUCUCUCCUCUGUCGGUAGCGUUCGCGUCGACUGGCCAGAGUCCGCGAGCUGUCCUCUCCAUUCAUCCCUCUAUCUCAGAGAACUACAGAAGCCUCUGUCCAUUGGCUCGUCUCACUUUCUGGUUCUGCAGAAUCCUUAUUGGCCAUGGCUUACCACAGCUUCCUGCUCGAGCCAAUCAGCUGCCACGCCUGGAACAAGGACCGGACCCAGAUUGCUCUGUGUCCCAACAACCACGACGUCCACAUCUAUCAGAAGGAUGGGACCAAGUGGACCAAGAUACAUGAACUGAAGGAGCACAAUGGACAGGUCACAGGUAUAGACUGGGCUCCAGAAAGUAACCGUAUCGUGACCUGUGGGACGGACCGUAACGCGUACGUCUGGUCUCUGAAGGGGGAGGCGUGGAAACCCACCCUGGUCAUCCUCCGUAUCAACCGGGCUGCUCGCUGCGUCAGCUGGUCUCCCCGGGAGAACAAGUUCGCUGUGGGCAGCGGAUCACGGCUCAUCUCCAUCUGCUACUUCGAACAGGAGAAUGACUGGUGGGUCUGUAAGCACAUCAAGAAGCCAAUCCGUUCCACCAUACUCAGUCUGGACUGGCAUCCCAACAACGUGCUGCUGGCGGCUGGAUCCUGUGACUUCAAAUGCAGGGUGUUCUCGGCCUACAUCAAGGAGGUGGAGGAGAAGCCCGGCCCCACAGUGUGGGGGUCCAAGAUGCCCUUUGGGGAGGUUAUGUUUGAGUCUGGGCCCUCAGGGGCGGCUGGGGAGGGGGCAGGAGGGGGAUGGGUUCACGGGGUCUGUUUCUCCCACAGCGGGAACCGCCUGGCCUGGACAUCACAUGACUCUACUGUGGCGAUCGCAGAGGGAGGCAAGACCAGCACUAUCAGCAGUCUGAUCUCUGAGACCCUUCCUCUGCUGUGUGUCAGCUUUAUCACUGAAAACAGCCUGGUGGCUGCCGGUCAUGACUGCUACCCAGUGCUGUUUGUGUUUGAUGGUGCGAAGGGCUCUGUAACCUACGGAGGGAAGCUGGACGUUCCCAAGCAGACGUCUCAGAGAGGGAUCAGCGCCAGGGAACGCUUCCAGAACCUGGACCGCCGAGGUUCGUCCUCCGAGACCACCGAGCAGGGACUGGAGAGUCUGCACAAGAACAGCAUCAGUGGGGGUCAGAUCUCUGCACUAGAGGGAGGAAAGAGUAAAUGUUCCAAGUUUUGUACCACUGGGAUGGACGGAGGAAUGGUCAUAUGGGACGUCAAGAGUCUGGAAUCUUCCAUGAAGGACCUCAAGAUAGUCUGACACUAGGGCAUUGACCCUCUGUCGACCAGCCAACCAGCCGGGAUAUGAAGACAUCUCACCUCUUUGCCUUUCUGCUUCUCUGUCCGUCUGUCCGUCUGCUGCUGCUGAAGCCAACUCCUGUCUGUCCGUGUCACUCUACCCCCGUGGCUCUGCAGCCGCGUCGUGCCACGUGGACUCGCGUAAAGGAGUUGACUGAAGCAGCACUCGAACUGUCGCCUUUUUUUAGAAUAACGCGUAGCCUCAAUCUGUGAAUAUUACUGUGACUCCGGGACCAAAGACCACCAGCUCAAGCCUGUUUUCUCUCCCUCCCUGUCUGAAGUGUGCGCUCGUUUCACUCCGCCUUCCUUGGUUUUUAGAAGGAUUGGAUGGCGUCAGGCGUAGCUAGGGGGAGUGUCUUGUCACCGUCUUACUCCAGUUCAUUUUUUUUUUUUUUUUUUAGAAGCGUACAGCGGCACACUGCAGUGAGAAGACAGGUGGAACCGAUUAGACUGUUACUAUGACACGUCUCCCUUCCAAAUGACACCCUUCUUCCUUUAUAUAGUGCACUACGUUACACCAGGACCCAUAGGGCACUGGUCAAAAAGCAGUGCACUAUUAUAGUCCAGGGAAUAGGAUGCCAUUUGGGAUGCAGACUUUUUUGUAUUUUUUUUUCUCUCCUUCCAGGAAGUGCUUGUUGAGCGAUGUUCUUCUGUUCCAUCAGGGAUUCUAUACUGCUUUUAGUUGUACCUGGACAUACAGUUGUGCUCUAAUAUACUGCCUGGGUUCACUUUGGCUUUUAAAAUGUAGUUGAAAUUGAUUUUGUUUUUUUGUGUUCACACAUGGUAUUUUGUUGGAUUUACAGCACAGGACCAAGAAAAUAAAUAAAAUCUUCAAAAUAAAUAAAAAAAACGGCCUGGAACUUAAACCGUUAUAAAAGGAAGACUGCAGUUUUGAAAAAGUGCAGUAAAAGUGCAGUAACUGCAGCCUACUGCGGUAUUUUGGACGCAGUAAUUACAGGAUAGUUGCAGUUACUGCACUCUGACUGCAGUCUUUUUGUCGUAAGGGAAAUUAUUCAGAAUUCUAAUUUUAAUUUGGUUGGAGGCGGACGGUUCUCGUUUGCGGUGUAAUGGAUCAUAUCUGUGGUCAGUUGCAGAUGCCUACUGGGUAAAAAAAGCCAUUCAACCAGUUUUGAAAAGAGAAAACGGAACUAACUUUCUGCUCCGUUGAACUCCAUUAUCGAGUGCCAAUAUAUUAGAGCGCAACUGUAGCUAUUGGAGUUAUUAUAAUAGAAAGCCUCAAAGUGGAAUGCUACAGCAGGUAUAAUCAUGAAAAAAAGCCAAGCAGCAGUACCUGUUUUUAAAUGCUUAUGCUGGUCAUAAUAUGCAUUGAAUAAAUGAUUUACUAUCAUA